AUGGCAUCUCCAUUCUAUCACAAAAUUUUUGGAGAUACCAAUCGGUCCUCAUCAGCCCCGCCUUUAGUCGAUUCCAACACACUUUUUGCGUUCCCCAUGGACUCUGAUUAUGCAUCACCUUUUUCUCGUAACUUCGGCAACGAUCUUUACAAAGACCUCCCAGGGCAUCACGAAAAUAAGCAAGAAGCAGACACAAACGGCUCUGGGAUCGAAGAUGAGCCAGUCCACACAUGCUCGACUACCGCACUUGUAGACAACGUGGUUAAUAACUGUAUCAGAGAAGAUGAGAACUCGCCAGAUGAUACUUUUUAUGGAGGAUUCUCGAUGAUGGCCAAUUUUAACGCUGCCAACUUUGUGCCGGAGUUUUAUGGGUACUCGAUUUUCACGCCGCAAGAUGUCUACACAAGAGCUGUGGAGAUGGCGAAGGACCAGAGCGGCUGCAGGCUGCUUCAGAAAAAGUUGGAAGAGCUGAACCCUUUUACAAUUCAAACAAUAUUUGAACAGCUGGCUGAGCACGUGAAUGAGCUGAUGGUCGAUCCAUUUGGAAACUAUUUGAUACAAAAGUUGAUAGAGGUAAGCGAAGAGCCGAUUAUUUCCUCAAUUAUCAUGUCAGUUUCUAUUGAAAUCACACAAAUAUCUUUAAACGCGCAUGGAACCAGAGCUGUGCAGAAGCUCCUCGAAAUCUGCUCACAGUAUCCUAAAUAUAUCUAUAUUUUGGUUAAUGCUCUCAACAAAGACAUCAUAACGCUUAUUAAGGAUAUCAACGGAAACCACGUCAUCCAAAAGUGCCUUAAUGUGUUCGAAAAGAACUACAAUAAUUUCAUAUACGAAGCAGCUUGCAAAAACAUGGUCGAUAUCGCAACGCAUAGGCAUGGCUGCUGCGUUUUACAAAGAUGCAUUGAUGCGGCUUCUCCAGAGCAGCUGAGUAUUUUGAUCGAUAACAUAGUAGAGAACGCAGUUGCCUUGGUAAAAGACGCAUUUGGGAAUUAUGUAGUCCAAUAUAUAAUUGAUCUGAACAGCUUAAGCGUCAACGCCCGCUUAGCUUUGAUUUUUAUGGAAAGUAUGCAAGAUUUAUCUACACAAAAAUUUUCAUCUAAUGUCAUUGAAAAAUGUCUCCAGCAAAAUUCGAGCGAAAUCCAGCAGGCCAUGAUACAAGAAAUCGGAAAACCGAAAAACCUAGCAAAAAUGCUGACUGAUCAAUAUGCGAAUUACGUCGUACAGAGAGCGCUAACUCUAGCUUCUCCAGCUAUGCUUGUGAAGAUGCUAAAGGAAAUUAAAUCGAUGAUGGAAGACUUGAAGAAAAAUCAGUUUGGGAAGAGAAUACAUGCCAAGCUACUGAGGAAGUAUCCAGAACUGAUGGAGAAAGGGUAAAAACUAUGUAGGUUUGGCAGGGUUUAG